AUGUCUACCAAGAACCCCAGCCACGGUCAAAAGGUAAGCAUUGGCAAGCCUCGGGUUAUACCAGAACUAACAGAUCAGGUCGAUCUCGGCCAGAACGCUCCCGUAAAGGAGGAAGGUGCUGGCACAGUCCCCAAUGAGUCUCUCGCUGCCGAGUCCUUGAAGGAGGGCGGCGAGUUCGCCUCCAACGAGGGCAUCCACGGCGAGAACCAACCCACCUCCGGAUCCGAGAACACCAGCGCUGGCCGCAACACCGAAACCUCUUCUGCUCCCAGCUUCGGCUCUGACUCCAAGGCCAAGGCCAAAUCCUCCAGCUCUGCUUCCAAGUCUUCCGGAACUGCCUCACAGUCCAGUGACUCUGCUCCCAAGUCUCUGGCCGGCACCGCUCCCAGCUAUGUCGACAAUCAGUAUAUCAAGGAAUCUGGUCCUCAUGGUAAGAACCUGAAGGAGGGAAUUGACUAUUCCAACACCAAGGAUGGCCUCAAGAAGGCUUUGGAGUCUGAGCCUGGUAGCCAGGAUGAUCCUAGCAGACUUGCUGAGCAACAGUUCCAACAGAACCAGACUGCCGCUGGCCGGGAUGCUGGCCCUAAGCAGAGUGAGCUUGAGGGCAAGACUCCUUUCGAUGCUCUUAAAAACGAGGCCUCCUCUUAA